AUGCAUUGUGCACAUUGCAAGGUGUAUGCAGAAAGAUUAGACAGAAAGAGAUCCAGGCUUAGUGUUAGGUCAAAAACCAGGGAGUACAAAAAGAAGAGAAGGGAGCAGAGAGAGAAGAGAAGUUCUAAAGUCAGGCAGCUAGAAAAUAGAGAAGGGGUCCAGUAUGAAAGUGGUUUGGGUUGGAAUGAAAACUCAGAUUCACCUGUAGAGAUUCCUCCACCAACUGUAAGACCUGAAAUCAAAAAAGUCACCCCUACAACUGCUCUGAAGAAAGUUACAAUUGACUUGGAAACAUCUUCAAGGGGUGAUAAUGCAGAAAUAUGUGAGAUUGCUGCAGUGGAAGGAAAUGACCAGUUCCGUGUAUACAUUCUACCAAAGUGUGGUAUAACAGCUGGUGCUUCAGCUGUGAACAAGCUCUCUGUCAAGGAUGGAGUUCUAUUUUAUGAUGGCAGACCAGUUGAAGCAACAAGUUUGGACAACGGGUUGUCAAAGUUCUUGAACUGGAUCGAGCCAAAAAAACCAUGUUUGUUGUUGGCACACAAUGCUAAGAGCUUUGAUGCCUAG